AGUGCGAAGCGGGGCACUCUUCCAACUUCUCCUCUCGCCGCACCCCCCACCCCCCCAACCGCGAGAGCCAAGGCCAUCAUCAAGCGCUUCACGUGCCGACGCUUCCCAGAGGCUCCUCGCGCGCCUGGCCGGGCUGCGGGUCCCGGUGGCGCCCACGAUGCAGACGGCUAAGGUGUGGGUGCUUGCCUGCCUUCUCUUGUGUGGACUCCCUUUCCCUGGAUUAGAGACUUUCAAGGUAAGCAAGCGCCCACUGCGUGCUCGAACCUGCGCCGACAGGCCGGAAGAGCUUCUGGAGCAGCUGUAUGGGCGACUCACUGCAGGGAUGCUCAGCGCCUUCCAUCACACUUUGCAGCUGGAGCCUCUGGAAAAAGAUCACAAUACCAGUUGUCCAGCAGGGGGCAGAUCAGCUGCGGACAAGGUAUACAGGCUCCCUAUCAACCUCAACAGCGUCUCUCCUUGGUCCUACAGAAUCUCCUAUGACCCGGCAAGGUAUCCAAAGUACAUCCCCGAAGCCUAUUGCCUAUGCAAGGGCUGCCUGACUGGUGUUUACGGGGAGGAGAACUUCCACUUCCGGAGUGUCCCAGUGCUAAUGCCAGCAGUCAUCUUGCGCCGAACCACGACGUGCACCGGAGGACGCUAUGUCUACACAGAGGAUUAUGUCACUAUCCCAGUGGGCUGCACCUGUGUACCACAGGUACAUGAAAAAGAAGUCGAGGGUGUAAAUUCCAGCAUAGACAAGCAAGGGGUAAAGUUGCUCGUUGAAUCGCAACAGCAAGCCACCAUCAGAAUGAAAGCCCCCAAAGAAAACUGAUGGCAAAGGUUGCUUUGCAUGUCCUUUUAGUUUUGCCAUUCCCCGGUUCUGGGAGUUCUAGAGCCCAUUCAUAAACACACACACACACACACCCCUGCAUGAUGAUGAGGGCUGCAGCCUGCAUCCAUGAAUGAGCCAUCGGAGAACAGUUCAUAUGCACAGGAAGUUUGUGCCAGCUCAAAUACAGUCCCCUUCAGUGCAGUCAGAUCAAUGUACCUGGCUGUGAGGCCCUUGUUUUUGAGAGGCCAGGUGAUGCUUGUGCAUAUAUAGGGCCCACCCAUAGAAGCAGCGUGCUUUGAAAAUAGCAUUGCAAACGUUGCAAAGACAGAAGCUGGAGGUGCAGUGGGACACAGCCCAGUGACACAGAGCCAUAAUGAGAUUUGAAGAAUCAUAAUGGGAAUGAGUUGCACAAAUUAAGAAAUCACGCCUGGAAAGUAGUGCUGGGGAUACAGUAGGGGUCCAGGAAAAAUGAGGCUUGUACCACCUAAUAGCUGCUAUAGAUAAAGGCAGAGGUCCACAAAUGUUGGCUUUGCUCUGAAGCAGAGCCAUUAUGUGUCGUCAUCACUGAUCCUCUUCUGAGACUCACAAAUGCUGAUCCCUUUGGGUCUGUCAUGUCAUACUGAACCUUAAAGGGUGCAAGCAACUCAUUUUUUAUCUGUUCCGGACGUCAAACGAUAGUGGACCCCCUUUUGUCAAAUCUCCCAAAUCCUUAUUGUAGUGGUUGCUGAAAGGGGUGUGUCUUUAAGAUGUGACCCUGAUGUUGGGAUUCUGAUGUUAGGAUUCUAACAGUGCAAUGUCCUGGACUCCGGAUUAUUUUUGCUUCAGCUUUAAUUAUUACUUCUGUGUUCGAAAGAAGAAAACAUUUCACAAAAUAUCAUUUCAAAAGCAGCAUCAGCAGACUUGCUGGAAAGGUAGCAUCCUCACAAUACAAAGGAGUCUCAGUCUAUGAAUAGUUUACUCAAAGGGCAGCGCGAAAUGUAGAGAAGUGAAGAACUUUACUGCUGGCGUUAACAAGCAGUAAAGUACUGGUGUUUUUCCCAGUUUACAGCUCAGAUGUUGAUCAGGGCAGUAUUAUAUAUGCUGCAAAUGCACACCAACCCUAUACAAUAUAUGGUACUCUUGCUCACAUAACAUCAUGGAAAGAGGUCUUGGCUUGAAAAAUAGUCUGGCUUAUGACCCCUUUCAGAAGUGUGGAAACAUGCCAGUUGCCCUUUUAAGCUGUUCUUAGCUUUCUUACAAGCUAGUUAUCAGUUAUAGAUUUUUCAGGCUGCAGGAGCCUUUGGGAAUAACAAGGAUGAUGAGAGAUCAGAUAAAUGAAACCAAACUGCUUGGCCAAGGGGGAGUAAAUGUGCCUUGGCUUCCAUCGGUGAGAGAGCAGAGCUUCUGCCAAAUUUAAUGAAUGUAUGAGCCAAAAGCUCUAAACAGCAAAGGUUCAGCAAACUGUGUAAGCUGGAGGCAGCUGCCUCUUUGAACACUCAACAAUAGACAAAGCUGUUGACUCAAUUUACAGGGUUAAUUCUGUCUAUAACCCCUUUCUCCGCAACUUCCUACACUGCAAGCACCAUCCUUUAUGGAUAUUCUGUGACCUUCCUCAUUUCCCAAGCCACCCAUUCCACUUGGUGAGAGUGAGCCAUGGUUUUCUAAUGUGUAAUGUUAGCAGACAUCAAUAGGUUAUCAAAUUGCUUUGGCUUUAUUCAUGUAUCUUUCUAACUAUCAGGUAGAUGGCUGCUAAUCUAUCUCCAAAUUGCACACAUGGCACAACAGUUGCCAUUCGGCCUUUGUUUAGGGUGACCAGAAUGACACCACUGGGCAUUCAGUAGUUGUGUAGAAGGGGUGGCAAAUUUUUGGGAUGAAGAUUUCCCCUCAAUUUAAGGAAGACACAAAUUGAGCAUAGCAACUAGGAUGAUGAUCUGAGAAGGGUGACUAGGAGGAAGAAUCUGUAAACCAAAUCCUAUAAGGAACAAUUAAAGAAUACCUGGGUGCAUCUAGCCUGGAAAAGAUUAAGGAGAGACAUUCCAGCCGUCUUCAAAUAUCUGAAGGGCUUUCAUGUAGCAAAUGGAAGAAUUUUGUGUUCUGUUGCUCCCAAGGGUAAAUCUAGAACAGUUUGCAAAUGAGCUGAAAGCUGAGGCAUGUCCCUCCCCACUGCUUUAUUAAUGAACCUUUGCACCAGAAGCGGCUUUGUCAUGCUGGCCACAUGACCCAGAAAAACCAUCUGCGGACAAAUGGCGGUUCCCUUAGCCAGUAAAGCGAGAUGAGCGCUGCAACCCCACAGUCAUCCAUGACUGGACUUAACGGUCAGGGGUCCCUUUACCAUUACUGAUAAAACAGUGCAGGUUGAUCCAUAAUAAUGUGAACCUAUUUUUGGACGGUUUUACUAAUGUGCACACUUGUUUUGGCACGCUCGUAAAUACCUCCCAAAAAGAAUCAUCACACAAUUGUGUAGAAUCACAUAUUGCUUUUUUACAAUAUUACCACACACAUGUUCACAAACACACUGGUAAAAUGGUAGAAAAGGGUUGCAGUGCAAUCUUGAUCAAGUUUGUCCGUCCUGGUCCCUGCCCCCCCCCCCAACUGUUUUAUCAACACGUGGGGAGGAGUGACAGACACCAUGGAAAGCCACUGCUAAUCAAAAUAGGCAGUGCUGGGCAAAAACUGAUCUGCUGUAAGGCAGCUUCCUAUGUUCCUCCGUAAAAAUGGAAAAGAAGAAAAGAACUCAAAUACAGAACAAUUGUGAAUUUCUAAUCCAAUUGGAAACGAGAUCAGCUAAUUCAGAUUUCCCAAAAUCCAGGUAGAAACUUCUGAAAUGUGCCUAAUGGAGCCUGGCUAACCUUUGCAUCCAAUAACAUGUCCUUCUUCUAGAAAACUUCCCCAAUGAUGAAUUUUAUUUCUCUCUCCAUUGCUGCGCUACACUGCACUAUGCUGUGGCUCUUCCAGCCAAACAUUCCUUUGAGAUUACUUCACAGCGCUGAGUCCAUGGACCCCUAACAGAAUCUCUGCAUUCUAUAGUAUACUGGGGUGGUGGGGAGGGGAUGGGUAAGGAAGGCAGAUUUAAAAGGAAAGAAAUGCUAGUUGAAUGCAGUCCAGACAUAAUUUGUGAGCACAAUUCAAAGGAAACACUGGCAGCUAUACAUAAUUUGAUAUAACUUUUAUGGCAGGAACCCCUCCCUGCAACUUUUAUUGGGAAUUCAGAGGUGCAAAUUGUGGUAGUCAUUCACUUUAGUAUCGAAAUCAACCGCCACAGAGGAUUUUCCUUGCAUCUGCCUUGUAUUUUACAAUACAACCAGCAGCAUCCCACCAUAAUUUCCAGCAUCAAACUAUUCAGGCAUCUGUGACUACUAUAUGGCAACUCACUGGGCGUGCACUAUCAGAGAACAGCUAAUUUUAAUGCACCCAUUUGACCACAGUUCAUAUGCUAAAACUGGGUGACUUAUGUGUAUCUGCAAGUGUCUAACGCUAAAGUUGUGGUUUUCAAAUGCCCCCGGAGAAUCUUUUUCACAUUGGCAAACUAGUUAAUGACCUCUGCACAUUUUGGUUGGAGGCGAUUAUUCAUAAUGGGAAGGAAUAAGAAUUUGCGUGGGGAAUGCAACUAUUAUUGUAGAGGAAACUGUUCCAGUCAAAGAGCAGAGUACUUGGCGGCUUAAGUAAGGGCAAGAUUUCAAAGUACAGGCAAUAUACAGGCUUAGUCUGGAGUUCUGAGAUAAUGAAUACAAACCAGACUCGAACUAUUGAAGGUUUUGUGCCAAGGCAUAUGUAUCCAAUGUUCUCUUUUGCUCUCAUUUCAGAAUUUAGUUCAUAUUAAAACAAAAAUUUAAAACCUUUGGUGGCUAAGUUAAAGCACAGAUGGCUGUCACCUGUAGAAUGCACCCUGCAGGGAUGUAGGGAUGCUGGGCAAGUGAGAUGUGCUAUGGCUGUGGGAACUGCUGAAAUGCAGGGUUGUAUGAAGAUGCCAGGGCACUCAACUUCAUAAGAACAUAAAAGAACCCAUGCUGGAUCAGGUCAAUGGCCCAUCUAGUCCAGGUAGGCUGUUCCCACUGUGGCCAACCGGGUGUCUAUGGGAAGCUUUCCUCUACCCAAAAUAUUAGGGGGAAAGAAGGAGCAGAUGUGUAAACACAAGGACCAGUGCAUGGAAAGCUGGAAACCUCAUGGGAAAUGUUAACAUCACACUUAACAUGGACGUCAGCAAGCUCUUCAAAGCAAACUGGAGAAAUGGGAGACUUGUAAAAAUGGGAAGACUGACUUAAAAGGGAAGUAAGUACUGUAUUUUUCCACGUAUAAGACAAUUUUUUAAAAAUAAAAAUAUAGUAAAAAUUGGGGGUCAUCUUAUACAUGGAUAGUGCAGGGGGGGACGGGCGAUUGGUGGCAUCUGCGAGCAGGAGAUGGUCAUGGGUGAUUUGGUGGCUGCG